AUGCCCAAGGUUAAGAGCUACGCGGCUCCGUGGUUGUCCCAUGGCCCAGGCCGCAACUUGUUCGCGCCCUCGACCGAUUCGAAGGCGCUGAGCGCCCCGUCGCCCUACGCCAAAAAGAAAAAGACCAUUGGACCGAGACGGACGAUCGCUCGCAGAGGCACCGAAGUCUUCGUUGCUGUCGGCAAGGAGCUGCGAUGGGGCGACCUGGCGUACCUGAAAGAGAAGUGGUCGACGAGCCACUCGCAUCGCCGUAUGGGCAGCCGUGUCAAGCGUGAGGAUUCGACACAGUCGUUCGACGAUGCCAUUCCUUCUACCGAGGAGGCUGCAACCGCUCAGGGCUUUCGCACCAUCAAAACACCCGUCGCGGACGACAUCCAACAGCUCAUCAUCUCACCCAACUCCGACUACCUCGCUAUCUUGACGACGCACACCGUUCACAUCUGCGUGGUUCCCGACUCCUCGCACCUUACCGCCGAGGACACCAGUCCCUUGCGACCGAAGAUCUGGACCCUGGGGCCUACCACCCAUGUUACCUCGCGCUCAUCGGUCGCGUCGGCGAUCUGGCACCCGCUCGGCGUCAAGGGAUCCUGCUUGGUCACCAUCACCACCGAUGCGAUCGUCCGCGUUUGGGAGCUCUCCCUCACAGACCGCUGGUCCUUUGACUCUCCUACUCUGUCGAUCGAUUUGAAGAAGCUGGUAGAUGGCACAACACUGGAUCAGGACUUCACGGCAUCCACGGCGGCUACGAACGCAAGCUUCUCACAGUAUUCUUUGGAGAUGCAGGUCGCAUCAGCGUGCUUUGCUGGACGUGGAUCAGGGGGAUGGAGUCCGAUGACUCUCUGGGUCGCCAUGAGGGAGGGUGACGUCUACGCGUUGUGCCCUUUGCUGCCUCAAAAGUGGGCGCCGCCCCCGACUCUCAUCCCGUCGCUAUCUGUGUCCAUCGUGUCCAAGGUGGCCGCAUUGGAGGACGACCCCGCUGUAUCGGAGAGGGAUAAGCUCCUUGCUCAGCAGCAGCUCGAAUGGAUGGGCGACCUGGACUCCCAGGAGCCGCAAAUCAUUGACACGGCACCGGGCGAGCAGCCGAUUGAAGUAUACACACGUCCCUCUCGGCCAGGUGUUGUGCCAAGGCUGCAGGGUCCGUUCGAAUUCGAUGCCGACCCCGAAAGCGAGGACAUCUUGGACGGCUUGUUGACCGACAUCACCGUGAUCGGUAAGAAGGUCGACACCGAGGACCUCAUGAUGGGCGAGGAAGAAGACUUGGACUUUGACGACGGGGAUCAAGAAGGGCUCUCUCUGUCCGUCGUCUGUUUGCUCUGCACGACCGGUCAGGUCCGAGUCUACCUCGAUCUGGAGGGCAUUGAAGCUCAGUGGCUGCCCCCACGCAAUAAGUCCAGGCUCGGACGCCUCUUAUCAGCCGCCGACCCGCCGUCUCUACUUACGUUCCAAUGCGUCGACACCUUGGCCAGUAUCGAAGUCAACGAGGACGCUUGGCCGACCUUCUCUUCAGAUGUCAUGUCGCGGUACUCGUUGUUUGUCACCUCACACGCCGGCAUCACCUUCCUUUCUCUGUCACCCUGGGUCUUCCGUCUCGAGGGUGAGCUCUCGGGCGAGUCGGAGGCGGGCUCUGACUUCCGUCUCGGUCUUUUGGUCAAUGGGCAGAACUCUAUUAGGGACAGACUCUUCACCCAACCAUCCAGAGACGUCAAUGUGUCAUUGGCCGCGUGUGCUGCCAUUCGCGACCCAGACCUCGGGUACUUCCUGUUGUCGGCUACUCCGUACGAACCGAUUGCUCUGACUUUCGAGACACCCGAAGACGACUUCACCCCCAUCCGUCACGAGACCCCCUACGAAGAGAAGCCUGUCACGAUGGAACCUCUGGACUUUUAUGAGCCUCGUCCAACCUUCCAGCCGUCGCAUGCCUUUGAGCAACAGUCUGACCUUCCUGAGCUCAUCAACAGACUACGCAGCUCACGCCACAAGACAAUCGUAAACCAGGAGAUCCGGCUGUCCCCGGUGACUCUGCAGAUUCUCACAGAUGCUCAUCGCGUCCUUGGCGAAGACACUUACCGCCUCGGCACUGCUGUGGCAGAAAUUUUCCGCCGCUGUAGCACGCUGCAAGACGAGCUCCGGGACCAGAUCAAGAAGGCCAAUGAAGUGAAGGAGAAGAUUGACAAGAUUGCGGGUAACGACAAGGACGGGGACGGUGAAAGCGACGAGGUCAGGUUCGAGCGGCGGAUCACAGAGGCGCAGGAGCGCCAGAAGCGGUUGAAUGAGAGGCUCGAGGGCGUCCGAAAAUACGUCGGCAAAGCCGCAACUCGGGAGCUUAGUGUCAAGGAGAAGGCGUUUGUGGAGGAGGUCAAGAGCAUGGAGGCCAGCGUGCUGGGGAACCCGGCUGCGAAACAACAAAAGCUGCUUAAGAAACGGUUUGAGGACGUGCAGCGAUUACGGGACGAACUUGUUGCCGAGGUGGAGCGCAUACAGAAGCCAGGCGACGGCAACGAAGCACAGCAGUCGCCGUCCAAGGCAUCGGAGCUUAAGAUCCCCUCGGAGAUCCGCAAGGCCAAACUCCAGCAGGUCAUGGGUCUGUUGAACCACAACCUUCGUCUGAUAUCCGGAAGAAGUGCCUUCAUCGACAUCUACACCUCUCGUCACCCCAACAAGUCGUACACUAUCUACGCUGUGAAGGUCCACAAGGCUAAACGCCAGGAGAUCCUGUCAGCCACCGGCCGCGACCUCGAGGACGCCUACGAAACCCUUCACACCAAGUCAGCCCAGGAGGUGUACCAGUUCGUCGAGCUUAAUGGCUUUUCCUUCCCCCGCGGUAUGAAGCCCAACGACUCGGACACCUCCGACAGCGAGGCCUCGACGCUGGACGCUUCCGAAGUGCUCUCCGUGUCUGCAAUUUCGUCGGAUAGCGAAGUCGACGACAUAAUCUCCCACAAGGGCAAGAAGUCGAAAUCGCCUCACCGAAAGAGCAAGAAGAAGUCCAAGAAGACCGCCUCAUCCGACGAGGAGACCUGUUCUGAUGCGGAAGACGCCCCUCGCCGUCGCCAACACCCCGGCCUUAUCACGCGCCCGUCCUAUAUCCCGGCGCCUCCCAUCUCGAACUCGCAGCCUCCUCCUCCUCCCCCCGGCUGGAGAGGACCUCCUGCGCGUGUGUACCCCCGUGCUCCAGGCCAGGGACCCCCGCCUCCUCUGCCGCCCCCAAACCGAUUCCCACCCGGCAUGAGACCCCCUCCUGGCAUGGCCCCUCCACCCCCGGCACCCGGCCCCGUCUCGGUGCCCGCGCCCCCGCCCCCUGCGGCGCCGUCAAAGCCCGUCCGCCUCGUCAUCAGCUGGGCGGGCCACGGGGAGAAGAAGAUCGUCGAGCACUGCGUGCCCAGUCACCGCGCGCUGCAGAGGACGGCGCUCGCCCACGUCCGCGGCAACUGGCAGUCCUUCGAGAACGUGCUCCCGCAGGAGAUGACGCCCGGCCGCCUCUGGGGUCUGGGUGCCAAGGUGAGGCGCGUCGCGUUCGGCAAGGAGAUGUACGCCAUCUCGACCGCCGCCGGCGUCGACGACCUCGGCAUGUACUUCAAGGCGGACGAGAUCCCCAAGUUCGAGAUCGAGGUCGAGCAUGAUGCCAGCAUCGCGCCGCCUCCCCCGCCGCCUCCGCCGGCGCAUCCUCACCCUCAACACUAA